GUAUGUAAAUGUUGGUAAUCUGUAUUCAUGUUGUUUUAAGAAUGUGCGAUAUGAAAACAAUUUUAGAAUAACGAAAGAAGAAUGGAAGAUAAAGUGCAUGGGGCGUUUGUGGGUGAAAAAAUUAAUAAAGUGAGAUGGAAACCAAAAGAUCUUAUUGAAUCAGACAUCUUUCUGACUGGAAGUUGGGAUAACGAAACAAAUCAGCUUGUUCUGUGGCUUUAUCCACCAAAUGAAGAUGAUGCAGACAUCUAUCCAUGUACCAUUGGCACACACCCUCAUGAUGGUGAUGUCACAGAACUAAAGUUUAUUAAUAGCAACACAUUUGUUGUUUCAUCAUCGGUGGGAUCAGUGAAGUUACUGAAGAUCGAUAACAAGGAGCCACACUUGGCCGAGUUUAAGGAGAUGGUGUCAUGGGAUAAUAUUCACUACUUCAGCUUUGGAGGCUCCAGCCCCUGCACUGGACUGGCGUGCUUUGAGGAAGACAUUGUGUCAGUGGGGGAGGAUGGUCGUCUGUUACUACUUACAGCAAGACAGAAGAAACCUGUCCGAAGAAUUGAGGGUGCUGACAGUUGCUCUCUGCGCUGUGUGUGCUUCUUGAAACACAAUGAAGUGUUGACUGGGAACCUGCGUGGACAGAUGAAAGUGUGGGACCUCAAGAGCUCGACUGACAAACCUGCCUCCACCUUCAUGCUCUCUGGUGAACAGAUAGGAGCCAGCUGCGUGAUGCACCAUCCAACACAGCGCCACAUGGUAUUGGCAGGGGGAGAGGACGGCUCACUCACAGUGUGGGAUCUGCGUCAUAACACGUUCCCCGUAACGCUUCUCAGCGCCCACUCUGACACAGUGAGCGAGCUGCAGUUCCACCCAGACCGCCCCGAACACCUGUUCACUUGCUCGACCAGUGGGGAGGUGUGGCACUGGAAUACCAGUUCCAUGUCACGUCAUGCACGCCUUGGGACUACAGAUUUUCCCAGAGACGAGAACCCGUGGUUGAAUAGUGAUGUGGCCAAGCAUCGCCUGGAAGUGUUCACGCUGAUGCCACAGCUGCACAAACCAGUCAACUCGCUCGAUGUCAAUAUGAACAGAAUAGUGUGUGGGUGUGACAAUGAAGCUGUCUACGUGUUCAAGAAUGUGGUGCUCUGAUCUGUACUUUCAUUAUUGCAUUGUGUUCAUGCAAGUUUUGUUAUUAUUUAUUUAUUGGGCCUGCGGAAACAUGCAGCAGUUGGCGUUCCCGCAGUCCCAGUACCAUUAACUUGUUCACCUCCUUAAAAAAUUGUUUUGUACGUUAUUGAAUAGAACAAUAAUAAAAUAAUACAAAAUAUUACCAAA